AUGCUGAGUCUCGCAGCCAAGACGCCGCGGCUGGUGGUGCCGGGGCUGCAGAACCUCGGCAACACCUGCUUCUUCAACGCCAUCCUGCAGGCGCUGGCCUCACUGCCGAGCGUGCACGAGUUCCUCGAGGAGAUCGAGCAGCGCGCGCGCGUCACGCGCCGCAACAUCGCGUUCACGGGCGCCCUACGCGACUGUCUCGAAGCGCUAGCGCCGAGGGAGGAGCACGAGCCAUGCGGCAUCGUGGCGCCCAGGACGCUCAACGCAGAGCUCACCAGCAAGCUGAGGGCCUUUCGGGGCAACAAGCAGCAGGAUUCGCAAGAGUUGCUGCAGUUUCUGUUCAAGUUGGUGAACAGUGAGCAGCGGCGCUGCUCCGUGCAGGACCGAGGCCUCGUGGAUCUGUACGCUGGCAGUCUGAUGGAACCCGCGACGACAAGGUCGAUCAGCGACCUGCGGCUGUCCCAAGCGGUGGAUGAACGGAAUUGGAAUCCGCUGCAAGGCCUGCAGGUUAACCUGCUGCAGUGCACGCGCUGCCGCCGCUUCCGGCCUCUAAAUAACCAUCCGUUCCUGGACGUCUCGCUGUCUUUGGUUGCCCCUGGAGACCGGAAGGUGUCGAGACUGACAGACGCAAUCCAUCUGUACACGGAACCGGAGGUGAUCAAGGACGUGGAGUGCAGCUACUGCAGCGUCGUGGAUGAACUCGAAGUGACUCGGAAGGAAUAUGCAGAGGCGAUGAAGCAGCAGCCCAAGGCAAGUAGUGGCAGCUCAAACUUCGAUGAAGUAAUGGACCUGGAGAUUGUGCAGCACGAGCGGAAGGACUGGAUUCACACGCUGGAGCAGCUGGCGAGCUCUUCAACAAGCUUUGACUUGGAGCAGCUCGAGCGGCCGAUCCCACGCAGCCGUGGAGACUGCCACAAACGUCUUCAGUUCUCUCGCAGCCCCGACGUCUUCUGUUUCCACUUGAACCGCAAGGUAUAUAGGAGGACUGGCGGCGCUUACAAGCUCGAGAAUUACGUGGAGUUCCCUCUCGAGCUCGACAUGAGCGUCUAUUGUCAAUAUGAACUGGACUCCGUCACCGAGCAAAAGCCGGGGAAUGGCAUCACGCGAUCAGCAAGCGGCAUCAUGCGGCGGGCAGUGGCGUCACCACCACCGUUCAGCGAGGCAUCGAAGCAGCAGUACUUGCUGUACGAUCUGACAGCUGUCAUUCUGCACCAUGGCAACGAGCGGUGCGGCCAUUUCACAGCGUAUCGUCGGGCCAGCCCCUCGCAGUGGUUUUUCGUCUCCGACGAGAGCGUACGCGAGGCUUCUGUAGCUGAGGUGUUGAGCAGUUGCGCCUAUAUGUUGUUCUACGAGCGCAAGCUCCGAACAAAAAGAACAACACGCAGCUCAGAGACGGAAGAGACCACGGACGACGAUGAUAGUCUGCCGGACGUCCCCUUCGAGCCCCAUUUGCUGCUAUGA